GAGGGAGGGAGAGAGAGAGGGAGGGAGAGAGGGAGAGCGUGCGUGUCACACAGAGUUAGUCACAGUUAGUACUACAGUUAACAGCUGCGUUGGGACGAAUGCCACAACAGAAUUGUCCUGUUAAAAUAGAAUAACGUAGAGGUCAACGGUUUUUUUUCUUCUUCGUUUUUCUCUUUUGGAUUAACUCAGUCGUUAAACGGUUUGUACGUCGGAGUCCUUUUUUUUUUUUUUUUGUAACUUUGUUCUUUCAAUGUCGGUGUAAACCGUGUGGUGGCUUCAAAAAUAGCGUGUGCGACAGAAUGUGAAGGCGCCCUCGAACACUUUGCACAAUUAAAUAAUUAAUUUCGUUUAGGAGAAGCGAAGGUGGAGAGACCUGUUCCUUUGAAACCCGCCCAACUCUGAUGGAUGUUGCAUCCUUGUUUUAAGUGUACCUGUGUGAAACUGCACAGCUUGUAUUUGUGUGAAGUUAAACUCGACCAUGAUUUCAGGGGAUAGAGUCAGCCACGCUAAUAAACAAGCGUCGAACUUUCCAGUGGGUUUACUUCUCCGUUCUCCGAAGGAGAGGCUACAAGCUAAACUGAGCAGGAAGCCCAGCAAUGGAGCUCUUCAAUCCAAAAUCUUGAAUACCGACAUGCGGCCGACGGAGAGUAAGGUUGUCCGCCAGCCGGCCAAAAGUAAGAUUCGCCGCCACCACAACAACAGGCUUUCAAGUGUCUUCCACUAUAGCCCAAACCUAAGAACUUCUGAAGCACGUGGCCAGUCAAAGGGUUGCAGAAGCCUCGCUGGAGACCUUCAUGGCGCAGCAGAUAACCCUGAAAGCGUUUCCACUCAAAAGUCUGUCCCUGGCAUCUUGAAAAUCUUCGGCAGUGACAUUUGUCACGGGACCAACUACAAGAGUGUGCUGGCCACCUCGCAUUCUUCUGCAAAGGAACUUGUUAACGAAGCACUGAACAGGUACUGUCUGGAAAAGGAGAACCCCAAUGACUAUGUGCUCUGUGAUGUGAUUGGCCAGACCAGCUCUGAUAACCACUGGAAGAGGAAGUGUUUCAGGGUCGUAGGGGACACAGAGAGACCCCUGGUGUUACAGUCACUCUGGAAACCCAAGGAAGGGUUCUCUAGGCGGUUUGAAAUCCAGUUGAAGGCAAGCAUCAAAGAGGAGAAUAUGAAGAACUGGGAUAGAGUCGCAGGUUUCAACGCUCAAGCUCAUAAGCUGCAGAAAAGCUGCUCCAGAGUGACGUCUUUAUUUAUGGACGAGAACAGUGGGAAAGAUCUUAACAUCUGGAGAAGUUUGAGUGAAAUGGACCUGCUUGCAUUGGGGAAAGAGGCCAACCGGGCUCGACGAAGCACACUUGAAGAAGAGUCGCAGGCGGACAAAGGUGUGCCGCAGCCCAGCUCGAAGGAGGAGGAAGCAGAGAGCGACCGGGACAACUCCACACAGUACUGCAUUCACCCACCUUUUGACUUCCCGUACUUUCUCCUGCUACAGGGUUACAGCCAAAGACAGGACUUUAUUAUCUACCUGAUGAGUGGAAUGACCACCAUCUUUGGCUGCUGCACGAAAGAACUCCGUAACAGUGAAGAUGAGAAGAAGGUCAAGGUGGAUAUUCUACUUUUUGCUCCUGACGUGUUACCUCAGCACUGCUCCAUCCAUCGCCUCGACUCCCGCACCCACAACCCGGCAGAUGAGCGCGCAAAAACGGUGACCACGCUGAAGCCCCUGAAGGGAGCACUUGUCACCAGAAAUGGUGUUCUCCUCAAAGAGGAGGUGGAACUCAAUCCAGGAGACUUGGUAGGUUUAGGAAAACACUAUCUGUUUAUGUUCAAGGACCCUAACGGCACGUCCGGAUCUGUCCAGACUCCUCUUUGGAUGACCACACUCUGUGCCAGGUCUGAUACUUCAUCCCCCAGAUCAACAUAUGGUUCGUCAGUCAGCUCAAAAAGACUGGACAGGAAGUCUUUACCACCUCAUUGGAGGAUUAUGGGAAGCAAAACGGCAUCACUCAGCUAUGAACUUGAGCAGGAGGACAAAGUUCUCGAGAGGAUUUUGUACACGCUGGACCAUUACGGUACGGAUCCAAAGCUGACACCAGCGUUCCUGCUCAGCCUGUGCAUCGAGCACUCGGCCCUGACCUUCGAGCUGAUGCACUUCAGACAGCUGCUGCUCCGGAUCGCAAAUCAGAUCCAGCUCAUCACGUGGGAAGAAACUAAGAAACUAGCAGCAGUCCAGCAAAAUAUGACCUCAAAAGACAAGGAGCCUGAUGACCUCCAGCUACAUGCUACACCGGAGCUCAUCCCAGGUCUGCUGGUUCUGGUACUGUGGAUGGCCAACUCCAUUGAACUGUUGCACUUCAUUCAGCACGAGGUGCCUCAGCUUCUGCGCUGUAGGCCUGAGGGAGACAAAGGAGGUCUGUCGGACAAUGACAUGUCGUCCACGCAGGCAACCUGUGAGGAAGCCAUGACAGUACUGGAGGAAGUGCUCUUGUUUACCUUCCAGCAGUCCGUCUACUACCUAACGAAGAGUAUGUACGCGGCACUCUCUGGUCUGCUGGAUGAAAACCCAUUUUCCGAGGAUGGUCAGUUGCGAGUGCCCACUGGACUGAGCCGUGUACUGGAAGUACUGAAGGAGGCGCUGGGACUUCUCACUUCGUUCCAGGUGCACGCUGACAUUUCGCUGCAGCUCUUUGCCUACCUGUUCUUCUUCAUCAAUGCCUCCCUCUUCAAUGCCCUCAUGGACCGAGGAUCUGUUGCUGGCUUUUACCACUGGUCCCGAGGUGUUCAGAUCCGGGCCAACCUGGAUCUUCUGAUGGACUGGAUCCAGAGCAUCGGACUGGGUGACCUGUCUACCAAACACUUCCAGACGCUCUCAGCAGCUGUCAAUCUGCUGGCCACGCCCAAAGAAACCCUCCUGCAGGCGUCCUGGUCUUCUCUUAGGGCUGAGUUUGCUGCUCUUAACCCAGCCCAGCUUCAUCACAUGCUGAGAGAAUAUAACUGCAACAAAGCCUGUCCCACCGGCUGGAUCCCAUCGCCGGAAGACUCUCAGGAUGCCGUCAGGACAGACGAAAUCCUGCAGAGCUUUGACAACCACCCGCCGCUCAUCCUACCCUCUAGCGCCUUUCACUUGGAGCUCGGGAAAGCCGUUGCGGAGCCCGGGCUGUUUGAACAGUUCACUCGUUUGCAGGAGUUCAUCCACCGACUGCCCCGUGGUAAAACUCAAGACGCAGGAGAAGAGACACUAAACAUGACAACCUCAGACAGUCACCUUAGGACGUCACCUUUCGUCGGCGGCAUCCAAGAUCAGGUUCAUCUAGACACACCUGACCCAGAAACCUCCCCGGAGGCCGAGCAGGACUCCACGACGGGACCCGCAGCGUCAGCGCGUCCUCAGGGAUGUUACCGUGACCUCAGCAGCUGCGAGGCAGUCCUGACGCAGAAGCUAAAGAAUCUAGAGUUGCAAAAUGCACUGCCAGGACAGGGCGACGUGGGCUACCACAAGAGCCUGGCUCUGGACCCGUCCUGCUUGCUCACACCACCAAACACACCCCAGGGACUGGAACCGGCGACGGUGGAAGCAGACCUGCAGGAGCGCGCCCCCCAAGAGAGAAGAGUCAGUAACGGCGCUGAGGAAAGGACAGAAAAUGCGGAGGAAAAAGAGGAGGAGGACGGAAACGCAGAGGAGGUUUUCACAGUGGAGCUUCACAGAGGACCUCGUGGUCUCGGUCUGGUGGUGGUGGACGGAAUGAAAACACCACUGAGAAUGAGCGGCAUCUACGUGAAGUCCGUCGUUCCGCACUCUCCUGCCGAUCAGUGUCACAAACUGGACACGGGAGAUUGCAUCCUGGCUGUGAACGGCAUCAGUUUGGUCGGGAUGGAGUACAACAUUGGCAGAGAUUUGAUUAGAUCCUCGGGAGACUCUCUCAAACUGCUGAUCACCAAGAUCCCCCCCACCCAGAAGGAGCAGCAAUAUUUCAACUAAAUGCUGAUGAGGAAACUUCAGGGUGAUCAACUGUACCUGGGGAAAAAAAGUGAUGGGCUUAAUGUCAAGUCAGUAAUUUUUUAUUUUUUUUCCAAAGGAUGUAUUUACACAAAUAUAUAGCUUUAUUAAUUGUCGGUUUGUAUAUAUGUGCCAAAAAAAAAAAAAAAAAAAAUGCUUUUAGACAAUCAGCUAAAGUGGCAAAAGACACUUUUAAGGCUUGACGACGGUUCAGAAUAUAUUCUUUUAAAAGUAUUUAUUUUGCUGGUACAACCAAAAAAAAAAAAAAAAACAAUCCUUACAAAUGGUUUUGGAAGCAUUUUGGUUUGAUUUAGUUUUGGCCCCCAAAAUAUCUACUGUAUCGGGGGGUUUACGUAAACAAGUGAUAUAUUUUCUUUUGAAAUACAAAGUUUCAUAGCGACAAAAAUAUUCUUAUCAGUAUUGAAUGACGUCACAUUUGUUCAGCCAGUCUGCCCUCCCUGAAGGCAGCAAUCUCACAGUGUCUGACUACAUAUUGCCUUUAUUACUAAAUAGGGCUACAUUUAUAUAUUUAUUAAUACAGUUCUGUAUACCUAUCUAUCUAUUUAUCUAUCGAUCUAUUGUUAUUUUAUAUAUACAGACACGUAUACACACAACAAAAUGUGGCACAGGCUGCCCAUGCGUAUAUUCUAUACAUAGUUGUGAUGUGUAUUCGGCAGUAAGACAAGUUCUUUGGCAUUGAAGUAGUUUCUACAUAUAGUACAGUACAGCGAGUACUGCUCAGAUUAGUAAAAGUUACAGUAUGACUGGCUCUUGUCCACGGCAGGAAAAACUCCUGGUUUGGAGAACAUUGUUUUUCAUAUCCAAAUAUUGGCUGUAACGUUUGUUUCCGAUCUGACGUGUUUGAUCUCGUUCUCUCCGCAUUAAGCGGUGACAAUAAAAAAACCAACAUUUUGUCUUGUGUUAAA